AUGAUGUACGCAAACUUAACUUCUCUGUUUCGUUUAAUAUUGUGUUAUUUAAUAAUUGAGGAGAUUGCCUCUCGAGUUGAGUUUACUAAUGUAAAGUGUAUAUCAAUGGACAAAGAAUUUGCCGGGAUUGGAGUGUGCCGCUUAAAGUCUAUAAAUCGCACCUACAAAUAUAUUUCCUUGACGUUAAACCUGUACAAGACUCCCAUUACCAAGGCCAAGAUAAAUUUUGGAGUGUACAAACGAUUAAGUGGUUACAAGCCUUUUCUUUACAAUCAAUCGGUAGAUGCUUGCCGUUUCUUGGAUUAUCAAAAGUCCAAUCCUGUUGCCAAGUAUCUUUAUGGCUUUCUUGAGCAUUACUCUAACUUAAACCAUUCCUGUCCAUAUAAUCACGAUUUGAUUUUAAAUAAACUUUCUACUGAGUUUGCAAAUCACCGUCUUACAAAAAUACUUCCUGUGCCAGAAGGUGAUUACAUGUUGGAGACCCAUUGGAUUCUGAAUGGAAAAUUUUGCGCACUGUAUCAGAUAUACUUUUCUCUUACAUAA